AUGCCGGGUAAUAGAAUCCUCUGCGUGGCAGAGAAGCCUGCCAUCGCCAAGGCAGUUGCUCAGCAUCUUUCCGGAGGCUCUUUUCAGACAAUGAAUAUUCAUGGCCAGCAGUAUGUGAAAAAUUAUGUCUUCAGCUUCAACUUUGGGGGAGCAUGGGGCAACUGCGAAGUGACGAUGACCAGUGUCAUUGGCCAUUUGACAGGCUUGGAGUUUGGCAAAGAGUACAAAGGUUGGACAUCGUGCCCGCCUAGUCUGCUGUUUGAAGUGCCAGUCUUUGAGAAUGUGGACAUAGAUAAACUAAGCAUUGCCGAGAAUAUCAAGAAGCAGGCACAGUACUGCAAAGCCCUGUUCAUCUGGACCGAUUGCGAUCGAGAAGGGGAGCAUAUCGGAACCGAAGUCAAGAAGCAGGCUCGUCUUGGUAACGCUCGGAUUGAGGUCAAGAGGGCGAGGUUUAGCAACACCGAGAGAGCUCAUGUGUUGAGAGCGGCUCSUGAGCCGAUAGAACUAGACGAUAAGCAAGCAAAUGCUGUAGCUGCAAGAAUUGAGUUAGAUCUGCGAGUUGGGGCUGCAUUUACACGUCUGCAGACACUUCAACUGCAGACACUCGGAAGUCCACUAGAUCGUGGGCCUAUCAGUUACGGCUCAUGCCAGUUCCCUACAUUGGGGUUUGUUGUCGAUCGGUAUCUUCGAGUCCAAAACUUCAAACCGGAGCCUUUUUGGGCUAUUGCGGUCAUUCACAAACGCGAUGACAUCAACGUCAAUUUCAACUGGCGUCGAGUGCGCCUCUUUGACCGGCCAGCCGUGAUUGUCAUGCUAGAACGAUGUCUAGGUGCUAAGAAUGCCAAGGUUACCAAGGUGACCCAAAAACCGACGAGCAAAUGGCGGCCGUUACCUUUAACCACUGUUGACCUGCAGAUGAUGGGCAGUAAGUAUCUGCGGAUGACUUCCCAUCAAGUGAUGCAAGUUGCGGAGACACUAUAUACGCGCGGGUUCAUCAGCUAUCCACGAACAGAAACAGACCAGUUUGACAAAGCAAUUGACUUGAAAAAACUUGUUGAAAAGCAAGUAUCAGACCGGACUUGGGGACAAUAUGCGCAAGGAACACCCCGAGCAGGUAAAAACAAUGAUCAAGCUCACCCGCCCAUCCACCCCAUUUGCGCAGUAUCGCCAUCAGCUCUCAAAGAUGACGAGAAGCGAGUAUUUGACUUUGUAGUCCGCCGCUUUCUUGCAUGUUGUUCAGAGGACGCCAAGGGCCAAACUUCUGAGGUGGAGAUUCAGUAUGGCGAUGAGUACUUUCAUGCCAAGGGUUUGAUUGUCCUUGAAAGAAAUUACUUGGAUAUUUAUGUUUACGACAAAUGGGAAAGCAGCACUCAGCUGCCCCAUUUCGAGGUUGGUGAAGUCUUUGAGCCAACCGAAGCAAAAAUCACAGAAGGAAAGACUACGCCACCCACGUACCUGACAGAGCCAGAACUUAUUGCGCUUAUGGAUGCAAACGGCAUUGGUACCGAUGCAACAAUGGCAGAACAUAUCAACAAGAUCAAAGAGCGACAGUACGUUGCAGCACGUCCUCGCACUGGCGGGGCCAACAAUGAAGCAGGCGGUAGAGGACGAGGUCGUGGUCGAGCAGCGGCAGGCAAUACCGGUGGCAAUACCGGCGUCCAGGAACUGAUACCCACAAGACUAGGCGUCGCUCUAGUUGAAGGAUACGACAAUGUUGUUGCGGGUCUCGCUGAUUGCCCAUCGUUGAGCAAGCCACACUUGCGCAAAGAAAUGGAACAACUGAUGCGUGACAUCUGCAACGGUACUAGGACACGCGCAGAAGUGGUUGAGCAAAGUUUGGAUAUGUACCGUGGUGUGUUCAUUCAAACGCAGCGAAGAAUUGACAUGUUGAAAGAAGCGUGUCGAAAAUAUGUUUUCCAGCAGGCGACGGUAACGGUAACGACGACGAACACGAACGGGAGAAGACGAUGA